AUGGAGCGAGGCAGGACGCGCUGGCGCCGGGGUGCGCGGCAGGGACGGAGCCCACGGCCCCGGGGCGGCGGGGUCCGGCGGGGCCUGAGGCGCCGUGUCCGGCGCAUUCCCGGGAGCGGCAUUCCCGGGAGCCAGCGCUGCCAGCCCGGCACGCAGGCAGAGCCCUGGGCGCCCCGAGGCUGCCGGCAGCCAAGGUCUGUUUCCCAGGAAUAGCGGCUCUGCCAGGGAAAGGACGGGGCGCCGUUAGAGCCCCGCAGGUGAGCGCGUUCGCCGCUCUGCGCGGGUGCCCGCCCCGCCGGGUAGCGGUUCCCUGGAAAUUAGCCUUGGGCUAAUUAAAGAGGAAAAUUGAAACCCCACUUGGCCAGAAAUGUGAAUAAAUAAAUAAUGUGUAUUUGGAGCCUCAGUAUGGGGGAAGAAAGAUUAAAACUUCUGAUAACGCAUGUUUGUGAGUUGGUUCUACUUUUUUCCCCUGGAGUUUAACGCUCUAGAGCCAGCAUUUUACUGAAAACAUAUGUGCACAUGUGCCAUUAUUUUAAUGGAAAUACUGAGAAAUUCUGCCUUUGAAUUCAGUUAUUCCUUCUAUUGAGUCUUCUAAACAGUGUGCUUUUAAGAAGCUUAAGUUUUUGUCAAAACAAUCUAUAAAGCUAUUUUUUUUUCAAUAGAUAAAAGUAACUCCAGAAAAAAUGUAAUAACCUUUUUUCUUGUAGGGAAAAAAAAGGUUAAAAAGUAUUUAUUUAGUCAUGAGUGUUAAGUGUUAAAGCUCUCAUCUGGGAAAUAGAUUUUGUGACCAUAAGAGCUGCUCAUCUGGAAAAUAGAUUUUGUUACUGUUUUAGCACAAAAGAGUUUCCAUUCUGAACGAUUUCUGGUGUGCUUCAGCAUGGAAGAAUAUUAAUUGAAUUAUGUAAUUUUAUUUGUUUCCUAAAAUAGUUAUUUUUGUAAAAUAUUUGCCUGUGUUUAUAUAAUUAAUAUUUAUAAUUAUUUUUGAAUAUUUUUGUGUACCUCCAAAUAUUUCCCAAUAUUGUCUUAGGAAACAGAAGUGAAAUUCAUGUGUAUCUCUGGUACACUGCUUCUCCCUCCCCUCAGAUCACAUUUGUUUUUACAGGGAGAUGCUUCUGUUGUGUGGUUUGUGUUUUGUGUGCUAUUUUGUCAGAAAUAGUCAAGUACAGAAUAUUUCUUGUCUUGAAAAUUACCAGUGUUUCUGUGUAUGGUGGGCUCUAAGUAAGGUUGUGUUUUGCUGUCUUAAGGUUAGUUAUUAUUAUGGUAUAGUUUUUACUUUUGUUGUUUAGGGAGACUUUGGUUGUAGGGGUUUUUUCCUUCUUUUUCAUGCUUUCAGUCUUGGAAGUCUCUAUGCAACAUCCCAGUAUUUCUGGAUCAUUCAGUUUGCAUACCUCCCGAAUUUUUUAUAUUGGAUGUUUUUCAUUUGGUACCUAAAAUCUGCUGUGUACAGAUGACAUUGACAUGUGUCUCUUUGCACUGAGAAAUGAGUGUUCUGUGUUGUUUUGCUGGCUCAGGCCUCAGUAGUGUUGAGGUCAACUGCAGCGUUUGUGUAAAUGUUUUACUAACUCGAUCUCAAGUUAACUUUCAACUUCUUGAAAUUCAUCCUGUGUAGUUAUAUAAUCAUGUUUCACUGCUUGCAUUGAGUAAUGAUAAACUCAAAUUGGAAUAAAACAACUCGACUGGUAUGUGAUGUGCCUUCAUGACCUCAUAAUUUGCCUGAUACAUAGUCCACUGCUGUUAGCUGGCAGCCGCGGUGACCGAGUGCAGGCAGGUGUCUCUUGCCAUGGUGCUCUGGAGCUGGUUUUCAUUCCGAGUCCCUGGAGGGGAAUAGCUGUUGCUGCUUCCAUCCUGCUUCAGGACCUUCUGCAGCCCUGUGAUUGCUGAUACAUGCUUGACAGCCUCAAGGGGUCCUGGCAAGAUGGCAUCUUCCAGACUUCCCAUCCUUAUAGCAUUGGCAUUUUCCUCUUUGCCCUUUGUUCUCUCACAUUCAAACAGGGAAAUGUGGUUUCAGGAGUUCUUUCCACCUAAUGUGUGCCCUCUAAAUGCCAAAGAAAACACUUUUUAUGGCAUCAUGUUUGACGCAGGAAGCACUGGAACCCGUAUUCAUAUUUACACCUUUGUGCAGAAGAGCCCAGAAAACCUUCCAGAGGUGGAAGGGGAAAUCUUUGAGUCUGUGAAGCCAGGUCUGUCUGCAUAUGCUGAUCAGCCUGAAAAGGGUGCUGAAACUGUCAAAACAUUACUGGACAUGGCUGUUGAUGCUGUGCCACCUCAUCUCUGGAAAAAGACCCCAGUGGUGUUAAAAGCCACGGCUGGACUUCGCCUGCUGUCAGAGGAGAAAGCCCAAGCUCUGCUUUCAGAGGUGAAAGAAGUCUUUGAGGAAUCACCAUUCCUGGUUCCAGAGGACAGUGUUGGCAUCAUGGAUGGAUCUCAUGAAGGAAUUUUAGCCUGGAUCACUGUAAACUUUUUGACAGGGCAGCUGUCUGGCCAGAACCAGCAAACUGUUGGGAUUCUGGACUUGGGAGGAGCCUCUACCCAAAUCACAUUCCUGCCACGGUUUGAGGAAACUCUGAAGGAAACCCCUGAGGAUUUUCUUACCUCAUUUGAAAUGUUUAAUAGCACGUACAAGCUCUAUACCCACAGCUAUUUGGGGUUUGGACUAAAAGCUGCAAGACUGGCAACGCUUGGAGCUUUGAACAUGGAAGUUGUGGAUGGACAAAUGUUCCGCAGUUCUUGUUUGCCUAAGCAGUUGGAGGCAGAGUGGCACUUCGGGGGAGUGAAAUAUCAGUAUGGUGGCAACAAAGAAGGAGAAACAGGAUUCAAGCCUUGCUACUUGGAAGUACUUAAGGUUGUCAAAGGGAAACUUCACCAACCAGAGGAGAUUCGUGGAAGUUCCUUCUAUGCUUUCUCCUAUUACUAUGAUCGAGCAGCUGACACCAACCUAAUCGAUUAUGAACGCGGAGGUGUUUUGGAAGUGAGAGAUUUUGAAAGAAAAGCCAAAGAAGUCUGUGAUAACAUGGAGAGGUACAACUCAGCCAGCCCUUUCCUCUGCAUGGAUCUCACUUACAUCGCUGCUUUAUUAAAGGAAGGGUUUGGAUUUAGGGACAACACAGUCUUAAAGUUGACAAAGAAAGUAAACAACAUAGAGACAAGCUGGACUUUGGGUGCUACCUUUUACCUGCUGCAGUCUCUGGGGAUGACUUAUUGACUUGUGAUACUGCUGUGGACUUCAGCAUUUCUGAAAAUGCUGAGAAAGUGAAUUGCAAUCUCCAGGUAUGGUGUUCAGCUGGACUGGUCACAGAGCAGAACAUGGACCAAAAAUAUAUGACAGCUCUUUACCCUGGAUUGGCAUUGUGCCUAAUGAGAGUAUGAUUUAUAACUGUGAUUGCCAUAAAUUAUCCAGAAUCUGCCUUAAGAAAGUCAAAAGGUCUAAACUCCAGCAGAGAAUAAGCAAGGGGCUCAAAACCAGCUUUCACCAGCAAGUUUGUUAGAAGCACAGAGUUCCUGGAUGUGGUGGCAGACUACAGACACAUGACUUCCCCUACCCCCUUCUAUUUUAACCAUAAAUAACUUAAAUUUGCUUGUGAGAUGUUAAAUACAGAAAUUAGGAAUAGCAUCAACAGUGAUGCAGAGAAAAGUGAACAACUGGAUGCUGCCAACCUCAGUGUUCCAAAAAUCCAGCUGCUAGCUUAGCAAAUACAUGGCAAGAAUAUUCCAGUCUUUCAAGGGCCUGCUGUAAGUACACUUUGGGCAUGGUUUUGGGAAAGGUGCUGGCUAAAACAGUCAUUUACCAAGCAUUUUUUUUAGGCAGUAGGCAUUUCCUAAGCAGAAUGUGUGCCUGUGUUUCAGUUUUGCUGCACUUUCCAAGUCUGUGCAGCUCCACCAUACAUCUGACUACCAGACUUGAUAAAUUUAUUCAUUUAGCAUGUAGUCAUAACACAUAGUUGUGCUGGCACAACGAGGCAGCAGUGCCAGCUAUUGAAACUGCCAGAAGAUGAGCUUGUCAUAUGCCACCCACAAGGAGAUUGCAGUCAGAUGAAAUGGCUGAUCUGACAGCUCACUUUGCUGUGAGAGCCAGCUCUGUUUCUCUGCUCUCAGCAAGGCACAUCCACAGCCUUCUUCCCUCUGCUGCUGGUGCUCCUCAGGUUCUGUAUGAAUCAGGACACCUGACCUGAGGUGGUGCUCACCCAAGAGUCAAGUCUGGUGCUAUCCCAAGGACAGCAGGCAGGGCACAGCCCAGCAAGGCCUGCUGGGCCAGCAAGAGGUCUGAGCACCACAGUCCCUUUUGCUGGAGUGAGCUCUAAGGUGUGGUCUCCCAUUUAAAACCCAUCCAUUGCCCUAAGUAAAAACAGCUGUAGAGAUGUCUUCCCCCCCCCCCCCCCCCCAUGAAAUAAUUGGCAGCUUGCUACUGUCUUCACCUCUUCAAGGAAUGUGUAAGGUACAGAUGAACUUACCCCAUCACAACAAAGAGGUAUUGCUCAUGUGACUAAGGGAAACUUCUAGCCACUGAUGUCUUGUUAUGAACAUUUCCCUGGUGGGCAGUUGCAGUUACCCAAGUGUCCCAGUUGCUCUAAAACACCUUUCUGUCAAACCAAAGACUGCCCUCACACUGCCUUCUCUGCAAACUGGAUUUGAAAAUAAUUGGUAAUUCUCAGCAAGGGGAGGAAAUCAUGCACUCAUGUCUUCAAUGGUCUUGCCAAACAGUUUGGAGACUUAGAAAUUUGCCUUACUGUGAACAUUAAUUCUUCUCCUCUAGUUAGCAGUGCAAGUUUGCCUGUGGCUGAUUAAGCUACCGCUUCUCAUAUCUCAGGUUUUACAGCACGAGGGUGCAAGGCAUGCUUUUGAUUGAACAAGUUCAGUCAGCAACAAGAAGCCAAGGGUUGCAGAUGGAGCCGUCCAUACUUAUCUCAUCACUGACACUUUGCCAUAAAUUCAGGCUGCUUUUUUGAAACAGGACAUGCUCAUCCUGCAUGUGUGGGUCCUUACCAGAAUCUUUUUGAGAUCUACAUUGAGAAAUUCCUGUGUCACACCAAAGUUCUGUUCCUUCCUCUCUAGAAGUUUCUGUUUAAACAUGAAGGAAGUAAUUGCAGCCUCUUCUCAACCAUAAACAUUUCUUAUUCCUCUUCCUACCAUUGUGAAAACUUGGUAUAUGGUCUGGUCUGCAGAACAAGGUGACUGCAAAUGCAUUCAUUAUGUCUUCAGUGAACAUUUCUGUAUUCUCAGAAAAUACAAAGUAGGGUGCAGUGGUUACUGGCCAGGCCGUGUUACCUGAGAACAAGCUAAUUUAAUAAUCCAGAAAUCAUCUUUCAGUCUGAGCCAGUGCUAUGACAAACUCUUACUGGAUCUUGGGGCUAAGAGCUGGCAGCAGUGAGGCUGUGUUUUGAAGGUGGGAUGCUCUACCUAAGGGAAAAGCAGCAGCGUUAUCUGCCCCCUGAAAACACACCAGCCCUGAGGAGGGCUUGAGGGCUGGGUUUUGUCUAAAGCAAGGAGGGGCUAGAAGAAGGGUACCAUGCAGAGGAAGUUGUUUUUUCUGCAUUCUUUUCCUCAGACUCUGGUACUACAAAUGCUAGGGGAUAGCAUCUGAUUCCCAGUACCAAAGUUGCAUUUAAUCUGAAUGCUCAGGGCCUUCAUUUGUCAGUGGCACAAUUCAUUAACUGAAGCAGAACUUCUGCUCUCUGUUACUGGCAUGAUCCUUCAGUUAUGGGAGAAACAAAAACUCUGUUAAAAGGUUUAUUUUUGCAAGAAUUUGCAGAAUUGAGCCCUGCCCCUGCUGUUUACAUCUGAACCCAAGUGGGUGGGGGAUCUGGACAACCCAGUCAAGUCCUCACACUUACCCUAGUGCAAUGAGAUUAUUUAUUACCUAAACUAAAGAGUAAGCAGCCUUUUAAGAGAAGAGCUCUACUUGCAGCCCUGAUUUUUAUCUCCUCCUUUGUAAUGUCUUUGAGCCAGACACUAACAAGGACUGCCUAAUAUGAGUGACUGCAGAAGCACAAGUAAUAGCUUUCACUUCAAAACUUAGGUUUCAUUCUUUCUGAUGUUCACUUCUGAUACUGGUCACCCAUAUGUGUAAAUCUUGCCCAUGGGCAGUGCUUAGUUUAAUUCUGUGAGUGGCAAAUGUGUAAUGCAAGAGGCUGGUGUUUGGAACCGAAGACAGAAUAUCUUGAAUUGUCUAUUUUAGUAAUUAAAGCAUUUUUAACAAUAUUGAA